GUCAUGACGUAGUUUUCUUCAAACAUGGAGUUUUUGAUUACUUAACAUUGCAGUUUUUAUAGUUAAGAGUUGACGCCUUUUCAAGUCACUUGGGAACCUGGUUACCUGCGUCAGACUCAGACAUGGAUCUCGUCCUGAAUGUUGCCGACCAGUAUGUCCUCACUCCCUAUGUGUACCCAUCAUCAUGGCCUGAGGAGGGGGCCCUGCGCCAGAUAAUUACCCUGUUGGUAGUCACCAACCUGGGGGCUGCAGUCCUCUAUCUUGGCCUUGGGUGGCUGAGCUACCAGUUCAUCUUUGACCACAACCUCAUGAAACAUCCACAGUUUCUGAAGAACCAAGUUCGGCGGGAGAUCAAAUAUGCCAUGACAUCGUUACCAAUAAUCAGUAUCCCCACUGUGGCAUUGUUUUUCUUUGAGGUCAGAGGGUACAGCAAACUCUAUGACAACGUAGAAGAAUCUACCAUGGGCUGGCCCUUUCUGCUUUUUAGCAUGAUUUCCUUCCUGUUAUUCACUGAUGGGUGCAUAUAUUGGAUUCAUCGGUUUCUUCACCACAAGCGUAUUUACAAACACUUCCACAAACCACAUCACGUGUGGAAGAUCCCAACACCGUUCGCUAGCCAUGCAUUCCAUCCACUGGAUGGCUUUUUGCAGGGUCUCCCUUACCACAUCUACCCCUUCCUCUUCCCUCUCCACAAAGUGCUUUAUCUAGCCCUCUAUAUAUUUGUUAACAUCUGGACUGUAUCCAUCCACGAUGGUGACUACCGCGUGCCUGGUCCACUGCAGGAGGUGGUCAACGGGGCAGCCCACCACACUGAUCACCACCUCUUCUUUGAUGUCAACUAUGGCCAGUACUUCACCCUGUGGGAUCGCAUUGGUGGGUCUUACCGCAACCCCUCUGUCCUUGAAGGGAAUGGCCCCCUUGACUGCAUUCGUAGACUGAUGGCUGAGGGGAAGAUUAGCUCUAGUGAAGAUAAUGCUGACACCAAUGGUUAUGCUAAUAGCGGUACAAAGAGCAAGGAGCAGUAGUGGGUACAGUACAUGUAGUAUAAUGAUGAAUAAGUACUUAGUGUCAUUGAUAAGGAAUAGCUACUGUAUCGACAGUUGUUGACCUUAAUUUGUUCUUUUACAUGCUACUUGAUGCUUCAAUGAUAGGCACAGGAAGGAGGCAAGCUGUCCUAACAGAGACUGUUAUGUUGUGAGAACAUGUCUUGAAAAGAUGCACAACAUGUUCUGAUUUCUUAACAGAUCUUACUACUUUUCAUAGACGUGAACAACAGGCAAAAUAAAAUCACCAAGCUAUUGUCAUAGAAAGAGGCUAUACAAACCUAGCAGGCCUCUCACCAUUUCCUGGAUUGUCUUUGUUGGCUUGUUGAGAAAUAAUUGCUGAUUUUAGCAUGCACUUAAUUGUCCCUAAUUAGAGGUGUUGUAUGGAUUUUGUGAAAACACAAGACUGUCUGAGCCAGGGGUAAGAUUUAAAUAAGAUCUUUAGUUCGGAUUUUUGUAAGCAAAUGAAAAUGCCUUGUUUCUACAUACUGUAUGAUAUUUAGGUGGGUGAAAUGUCUUGUUUUUAUCUGAAUUUUAGCAUUUUAAAGCAGACAUACACUCCUCCCCUCUGUAUUUAUCUGGACUGAGAAGCUUAACAUGUUUCCAUUUGCCUAUAUUUUCCAGUUCUAUUGAUUUGCAUUUUCAAAAAAUGCUGGAGAAUAGCCUAACUGACAAUGUUUGCUCUACUGUCCAAAUACUAUGCCAAAGUCUUACACCACCUUAAUAAUCAGAGCAGGAUUAUACUCCCUGUCCAUACACACUCAGGUUAUGGAUAGCAAUUUUUUUUCUCCUAAGAAUGGAUGCUUGAAGUAAACACAGAACUGAAUGAACAAAAUGAACAAAAACAUGUUUAUUUUUUUUAAAGGCUGUAUUUUGUGUGGACUCUCUUAGAAGGGAAAGCUGAAGCCAUUUGAUUUGUUAGACUGUUGUCCUUUCUUUCAGGUUGUACUGUUAAAUUAAUCCAAGCUUCCUGAACGAUUUGCCAUAACUAUUCUUUUGACUUUUGGCUGCUUUUCAUUCUCUUGUGUUUUCUGACCAGGUAAUCCCACACAGCAUCUCAAAGAUAAAGUCUUUCACUGUUUACUGUCUUUAAUUUGCACAGUUUCUUUAAGUGUCUUUAUGACAUUUCUUCUACACAUCUCACAAGAUGUGUAUUGCCUUUUGGACAGGACACACAAUUCUAGAUUUAUUUUUAUUGUUAUAUAUUUACUUGUUUUUAUUAUAAUGUCAAUGUAUUUUACAAGCAAAUAAACACUGCCCAAAUAGCUUUAAAAAAUCUCAGGUGGCCUAAGCCUUUUGCACAGUACUGAAAAGUAAAUACAGAGGAUAUUUGACUUUUUAAAACUAUUAGCUCUUGAAUGGAAAUUGUAAAUAAUUGACUGCAAAUAUUGAUGUCUACAAAUGAGAAAGAAAAGGUUUUCAUGGAUAUUUCAUAUUUCAAGUUGGAAAAUAUAUUGGUUGUUUGCAGUAGUCAUUUGUGACUUUGUCCUAUCCUAUUUUCUUGAUAAAUAAAAACUAAUAUAUGAA